GGGCGGGGCCAGCGGCGCAUUAGCGCCUUGUCAAUUCGGCUGCUCAGACUUGCUCCGGCCUCCGCGCCCGCGCCCAGCGACGUGCGGGCUGCCCAGUCCGCACUCACUCCCGUCCCGCGCCGCCGCUGCCGCUGUCCGCCGCGCACCCCCGGCAGCGCCAGCCCGAUGCCCGCCGGCCGCCUGGGCCCCGCCGCCCAAUCCGCGCGGCGGCCGCCGCCGCUGCUGCCCCUACUGCUUCUCUGCGUCCUCGGGGCGCCGCGAGACGGAUCAGGAGCCCACACGGCUGUGAUCAGUCCCCAGGACCCCACACUCCUCAUCGGCUCCUCCCUUCAGGCCACCUGCUCAGUGCACGGGGACCUGCAGGGCCCCACUGCAGAGGGCCUCUACUGGACCCUCAACGGGCGCCGCCUGCCCCCCGAGCUCUCCCGAAUGCUCAAUGCCUCCACCCUGGCCCUCGCCCUGGCCAACCUCAACGGAUCCAGGCAGCAGUCAGGGGACAACCUCGUGUGCCAUGCUCCAGACGGCAGCAUCCUAGCAGGCUCCUGCCUCUAUGUUGGCCUGCCCCCAGAGAAACCCUUCAACAUCAGUUGCUGGUCCAAGAACAUGAAGGACCUGACAUGCCGCUGGACACCGGGGGCCCAUGGGGAGACCUUCCUCCACACGAACUACUCCCUGAAGUACAAGCUGAGGUGGUAUGGGCAGGACAACACGUGUGAGGAGUACCACACGGUGGGACCCCACUCCUGCCACAUCCCCAAGGACUUGGCCCUCUUUACCCCCUACGAGAUCUGGGUGGAAGCCACCAACAGGCUGGGCUCGGCCCGCUCAGAUGUGCUCACACUGGACAUCCUGGAUGUGGUGACCACCGAUCCCCCGCCCGAUGUUCACGUGAGCCGAGUCGGGGGCCUGGAGGACCAGCUGAGCGUGCGCUGGGUUUCCCCGCCCGCCCUCAAGGACUUCCUCUUCCAAGCCAAGUACCAGAUCCGCUACCGUGUGGAGGACAGUGUGGAUUGGAAGGUGGUGGACGACGUGAGCAACCAGACCUCCUGCCGCCUGGCAGGCCUGAAGCCAGGCACCGUCUACUUCGUGCAAGUGCGCUGCAACCCCUUUGGCAUCUAUGGCUCCAAAAAGGCAGGGAUCUGGAGCGAGUGGAGCCACCCCACGGCUGCCUCCACCCCCCGUAGUGAGCGUCCGGGCCCGGGCGGCGGGGCCUGCGAGCCGAGGGGCGGAGAGCCGAGCUCGGGGCCCGUGCGGCGCGAGCUCAAGCAGUUCCUGGGCUGGCUCAAGAAGCACGCAUACUGCUCGAACCUCAGUUUCCGCCUCUAUGACCAGUGGCGUGCUUGGAUGCAGAAGUCGCACAAGACCCGAAAUCAGGACGAGGGGAUCUUGCCCUCGGGCAGACGAAGCACGUCGAGAGGUCCUGCCAGAUAAGCUCUAGGGGCUGGGGGCCACCAUCCCUGCUUCAUGAAGACCCAGGGCUGCAACCAGACUGAGGCCACCUCUGUACCCUCACCUCAUGGUGCCUGAGCACCCUUGGCAGGAGCUGGAGUGGCACUCUGAGUUCCAAGGAUCACAUCUCUGGCAUCCAUGUGAGGCCAACCCUUGGGUGCCAUUGGGUGUGUGUGAGGGUUGGCCAAGCUGCCCAGAACCCCUGCCAGGGCUGAGGGUGAAUAAGAGUCAUUACUUCCCUCACCCAGGAUCCCUCCAAAGAAUCUUUUUAAAUAAACGAGCUACUUAGGUUCCCUGACUGUGAA